UGUGUGUGUGUGUGUGUAUGUGUGUAAUAUGUGCGUGUGUCUGCGCGGCGGCGGAUUCCCAUCACAAUCCAAGAUGGCGGCGGAGCGGACAGCCGGCUCGGCACCACAGUGACUGACUGACUGACAGACUCGUCGGACGGUUGGAAAGCGUUAACGGUUACACUCGGAGAUUCUGAGUCAUAUUCAGGUCACCUCUCCGGUUCAUUUUUAAUUCUUCCUCCCGGUACCGACAGCGGUGUGAUGAACCAGCACCGGUAGACGUUGACACCGGGGGAAGUUGAGAGUGUGAGGACUAAAUUGCGGGGCAGCCGGCGGGGAUGGGAGAUGAUGGAGGACAAAGGCCCUCGUGUAGCAGACUACUUUGUGGUGGCCGGUCUGACGGACCCGUCCAAGCCGUUGGACCAGGAGAUCCACUUUGAUGACGUCUGCCACAAGACGGCCAAGCCCAAAGCACCGAUCACCGAUGUAGCGGUGGUGAUCCGCUCGAUGGGUGAGGAGGUGCCGCCAGGGUUCACCUGCGUGGAGGAAACACCAACGGGUCAUUUAGCUGAUCUUAACAAUGGCGGUCUCAUGGCGCCCCAGAUCUUCCUGUGCUACAGGAGAGGUCGAGACAAGCCGCCCCUCACUGACCUGGGCGUGCUGUAUGAGUGGAAGGAGCGGCUGAAGCAGGGCUGCCACCUCAUCCAGACCACGCCCGCUGGCCGCCCGGCCAACAUCAGCGGAAACUCCUCCCAGCGCAUCUACGUCACCUACCGCCGGGCACCCGAGAGCCAGCCGCACAGUGCCCUGGCCGUCACCGACAUCUGCAUCAUCAUCCCAAGCAAGGGAGAGACGCCGCCGCACACCUUCUGCAAGGUGGAGAAGAACCUCAACAGCAGCAUGUGGGGCUCCUCUGUCUACCUGUGUUAUAAGAAGUCUGUGGCCAAAACCAACACAAUAGCCUACAAAGCAGGUUUAUUCAGCAGAUAUCCUGAGGAGGACUAUGAGUCAUUCCCUCUGCCAGAGUCUGUCCCUCUCUUCUGCCUUCCCAUGGGGGCCACGAUCGAGUGCUGGCCAGCUAACACCAAAUACUCCCUGCCUGUCUUUUCCACCUUUGUCCUCACCGGAGCCUCUGGAGAGAAGGUGUACGGAGCUGCCAUUCAGUUCUACGAGCCGUUCCCACAGGAGUGUCUGACUGAUCAGCAGAGCUCCCAGCUGGGUCUCCUGAGCCCGGAGCCACAGAAACCCCCCUCCUCCUCUUCCUCCUCUUCCUCCUUGUCCUCUGGUCGUACAGGGACAGCCACCAGCAGCAGCAGCUCCACUAACAGCACCGCAGUUCCACGCUCCGUCUACACCAACAAGUGCAUCUGUCUGCUCUCCCACUGGCCCUUUUUCGACGCUUUCCGCAAGUUCCUCACAUUCCUCUACCGCUACUCCAUCUCCGGCCCCCACGCCCUGCCCAUCGAGAAGCACAUCUGUCAUUUUAUGCACAAAGUUCCCUUCCCGUCCUCUCAGAGGCCUCGCAUCCUGGUGCAGCUUUCUCCUCAUGACAGCCUGAUGUUGAGCCAGCCAGUGUCUUCACCUUUACCACUCAGUGGUGGUCGAUUCUCCACGCUGCUCCAGAACCUUGGACCAGAGAACGCCAUCACCCUGCUGGUGUUCGCCGUCACUGAACAUAAGAUCCUGGUCCACUCGUUACGACCCGCCGUGCUGACCAGCGUCACCGAGGCUCUGGUGUCUAUGAUCUUCCCAUUCCACUGGCCGUGCCCGUACAUCCCUCUGUGCCCCCUGGCGUUGGCCGAUGUGUUGAGCGCCCCCUGUCCGUUCAUUGUGGGAGUCGACUCUCGCUACUUUGACCUUUAUGACCCCCCGCCCGAUGUGAGCUGUGUGGACCUGGACACAAACACCAUCUUCCAUAAUGAAGAUAAGCGAGCCCUCACAUGGAAGAUCCUGCCAAAGAAAGCCUGUAAAAACCUGAUGAAUGUGCUGAGCAAUCUCCACCAGCAGCUGGUCGACGGUCAGCAUCGUCCCGACGGGCUGCUGGAGCUGAGCAUGAGCGACUCGUCGGAGCUGAGCUGCGGGAAGAGCCUCCACACACUGGAGCUGGAGAUCCAGGAGGCCUUCCUGCGCUUCAUGGCAGCCAUUCUGAAGGGCUACCGCUCCUUCCUACGACCCAUCACCCAGGCGCCCUCUGAGAAGGCUACGGACGCCAGUUCGCUCUUUGACCUGCAAGGGUUCCUGAAGAGCCGCGACCGCUCACACCAGAAGUUCUACUCGCUGAUGACGAAGACUCAGAUGUUCAUCCGCUUCAUUGAGGAAUGCUCCUUCGUCAGCGACAAAGACGCCAGUCUGGCCUUCUUCGACGACUGCGUGGACAAACUCUACAGUUCAGAGCGAAGUGCAGACAAAGGAGGCAAGGUGGACAGUGACAGGCCGGAGGAGACCAGGCUGAUAGAGACGGAUGAGUCUCAGCGCAGUGAGCACACCGUCUUUAUCACACCUCCAGAGCUGCCGCCUCUGCCUGAGGGGGAGGAAUAUCCACUCUGCUACAGGUACGAUGGUUUCCCAGUGUUGAGUCUCGACCUGUUUGACCCUGUGGAGGGUCUGCGGACGGCGUCCUCCCGCCUCGCUGCCAGGCACAGCUGUCCCACCAGCCCUGCCCCCAUGUUCAGACGCACCAAGCAGGAGAUCAAAUCAGCCCAGAAGAUCGCCAAGAAGUACUCGUCCAUCCCGCAGCUGUGGUCCAAGUGCCUGCUGCGUCACUGCUACGGCCUGUGGUUCAUCUGUCUGCCAGCGUACGUCAAGGUUUGCCACUCCAAAGUCCGAGCGCUGCGAACCGCCUACGACGUCCUCCGGAAGAUGCAGGCAAAGAAGCUGCAGCCUCCUGAUGAGGUUUGCUACCGGGUGCUGAUGCAGCUGUGUGGACAGUACGGUCAGCCUGUCCUGGCCGUCAGGGUUCUCUUUGAGAUGAAGAAGGCCGGAGUCCAUCCCAACGCCAUCACCUACGGCUACUACAACAAGGCGGUGUUGGAGAGCACAUGGCCGUCCAGCACCAGAGGAGGAUACUUCCUGUGGAUGAAGCUGAGAAACGUCGUUCUGGGUGUGGCGCAGUUCAAGCGGGCGCUGCGGAGACACGCUCCCCUCACACAGAGUCCUCUGUCAGAUGGUAGCGACCUGGACACUGUGAGUCACGGCAGCCUGGAUAGCUCUGCCGACACUAACCUGGCCGACGCCAGUGACUCCGCCAAAGUAGACCCCACUGACGAUAGAUCUAGCACAGGGGAUCAGUCAGAUCUGGGUUAUAACUCGCUGUCCAAAGAGGAGGUUCGGCGAGGAGACCCCGGCGCUCCGGACGCCGCCCCUGACAAAGACGAAAAGAAGGAGAGCGACUGCAGCUCCUUAUCUGAGACAGAGAGUGCCAAGGGGAGUAAAGACUGCCUCCCUCAGCUGGACAUGGAGCUUCACUCCUCCUUCAAACCUCGCGGCAUUGUGCGCAGCAGCUAUCACGACGACUCAACGUGUAAACCCAAGAGCUCCGUCAGUGCAGGUCACGUUGCAGGUCUCCUCUUCACCUCCUCCCUGGACGAGAUCGGCGAGGUCCACACCAACAGUCUGCUGCGGAGACAUAAGAGCGCUCUGGAGGACGUGGUGGGCAGCGCCAGCAGCGGCUCGGCUCUCGACUGGCAAGGCGUCAGAGGACGACGGCUGAGCGGCGACACGGUGGGCAGCAGCGGCAGCGGCACCACCGUCCUCGGCCUCGGCAUGAGCCAGGGAGAAACCGACCCGGAGAAGAUCGCCGGACACCUGGGCGCAGAUGUCAAAAUCCUCUCUGCUGCUAACUUCAGUAAGAGUAAGAGGCCUCGAUCGCUGGCGCUGGGCGGAUUGGAGGGCGCCGCCAGAGGUCGUGAUCACAGAGAGGAGGACGAGGACGAAGAGGAGACAGAAGGACAGGACUCUAGUGAUGAGGAGAGAAGUAACACAGAGGCCAUUUUUGAUUUGGAAGACCUGGAUUUGGACAAGCCCUCCACAGGGGCUGGAACCAGCUCCCACAAAUCCAACAAGUCUCACAAGAAGCCUGUCGCUCGCAGCAUCAGCUACGGCGGCAUCGGCGCCGUUACGUCCAGAGGAGCCGUGAAGCGCACAGACAUCCAGACGGGCUACGACCCGCUCUCCCUGCUGGCUGCAGAGUCGCAGUCCGAGCAGCAGAACGACGACCAGUACCCGGAGGGGGACGAGGCCAGCACGCCGAGCGCCCGCAGGGACCUCGCCAGAGAGAUCGAGCUGUACAUGAACCACAUGGGCAGCCCGCUGAGCAGCCGGACCCCCAGUCUGGACCUGCAGGACCCGGCCAGUCCGCUCCUCUCCACCCCGCCUCGCUCGCCGCCCCCCCGCAGAGCCAGCCUGCCCUACAGCUCCCCCCUCAGGACUACAGGAGUACCGCGCUCCCGCACCUACCACCCGCCCUCGCCCUCCCAGCCCAUCGCACGCCAGCGCCUGUUAUCGUCUCCUUCCUGUCGCAGCUCCAGCACCACGCCCAGCGCCAGCCCUCGGCCCAGCCCCUACAGGGAGCGGGCGGACAGGAUGAGCCUGGCCUCGCCGUCGCCCUCCUCCUCCUCCUUUGCUCUGGACACGCUGCUCACACCAACGCUGGAUGUGUUCAAGACCAGCGUAGUCUCUGCGGGGAAGGGCGUGGCAGAGAAGGCCAGCCGCUGGUACUCCCGUCUCGCCACGUACACCACGCCUACAAAGGACGGCCACAUCGACCGGCUGAGUGUGUCCUCCCUCGGGGUCGGGGAUCCAGACUGCUCCUCCCUGCUGGAUGAGGACUGUGUGGAGUCUGACGGCUCUGUGAUCUCUCCUCAGAGGAACGGCCCCACGGGGCCCCGCAGGAGCCCCAGACGCAGCCCACUCCGCAGCAGACUGGACAGCCCCUCUGCAGCCUCCAGCCUCGGGAGACCCUCGUCUCUGUUGCCUGGUUGUGUCCUGUCGCCUCCCGGCUUCCCGCUGCCGGACAAGUCGGACCUCGGCUCGUCACGCUACACUAGCAACACCAGCAUCUUCAACAACUACGCCAUGGAGCUGCUGAUCUCCAGCUGUUCUCGCUGUAAGACGUGCGACUGCCUCGUUUACGAUGAGGAGAUCAUGGCCGGCUGGACGGCCGACGACUCCAACCUGAACACCACCUGCCCCUUCUGUGGGAACCCCUUCCUGCCCUUCCUCAACGUGGAGAUCAGGGACCUGCGAGGACCCGGCAGGCUUUUCCUGAAGGGCAGCCCAUCGGUGGACGAGGCGAUGACCUCGUCCUACUCCGCCUCCACAGGUUUGGACACGGGGACGUCCACCCUGUCCACCCCCUGUCCUACGACAGCCGUCUUCCCUCCCUCCCCUGUUCACGCUGUCCGGGAGUGCCCCGGGGCUGGAAGGACUCGGUCGACCAGAGCUCAGGGUAUCAACAUCCCCUCGCUGUCCCCCGGAGCGCCCAUGGCCCGCAGCGUUAGCGCCUUCGGUCCUCUGGACGAAGCACCACGAGUCAACCGAUGUGUGCCGACGUCAGGCAGUCUGCCCAGCCGUCUCAACGAGACCACGGACCCGCUGAGUAUGGAGUGGCGCCUCCACAACCCCGAGCCGGUGACGGUGCCCUACCUGAGCCCGCUGGUGCUGUGGAAGGAGCUGGAGAGUCUGCUGGAGAACGAGGGCGACCCGGUGAUCACAGAGGCCGACAUGGUGGACCACCAUCCCAUCAUCUACUGGAACUUGGUCUGGUACUUCAGACGGCUCGACCUGCCCAGCAACCUGCCGGGACUCAUGCUCACCUCAGACCACUGCAACAGGGAAUCACAGGUCCCUCGUCACUGGAUGUCUGAGGACAGUAAACACGUGUUGAUCCAGAUCCUGUGGGACAACCUGAAGCUGCACCAGGACUCCAUCCAGCCGCUCUACAUCCUGUGGAACACGUACAGGCUUAAUUGUACUCUGUUGUUAGAGAACGUGGGUUACCCUCUGUCCCGGCCGGUCCCGGAGGAGGAGAAGCCGUUCAGCGAGGAGCUGCUGCAGAGUGUCGUGAGGAGCAUCCAGAGGAACGACGUCAGCCGGCCAAUGGCUCAGCUGUUGCAGCUGCUCGCUCACACACUGGGAGUCAAGAGGCAAAGGAGUUUGUAUAGAGACAUCCUCUUCCUCUCUCUGGUUGCUCUGGGAAAAGAUAACAUUGAUAUCGACGCCUUCGACCGCGAGUACAAGCUGGCGUAUGACCGCCUGGUGCCGAGCCUGGUGAAGCUGACUCAUAACUGCGACCGUCCGCCCAGCACCGGCGUCAUGGAGUGCCGCAGGACGUUCGGAGAGCCUUACCUGUAAACGCUUCACCGCUUGGAGAAGAGCUCAGGAAAACUUCCCGCUGGAAGGAAGACUGUGAAUGUUUUUAAAGGAAACACGGUACGACAUGUAGCUGAAACAAAAAGACAGAAACAUCACCAACCUGUGAAACAUCCUGUAAAUACACAGCAGUAGAGGAUUUCUUUUUUAAAACACAUUUAUAUUGUAAAGUCACAACAUAUGAAGACUAAUAUUAGCAAUAUUUUAACUUGAACUCUAUUUAUACAAAGUAAGCUUUAUUUAUUGUCGUCUUUGUCGUUUCGACCUGAACGCCGCGCUGCAGUAAGAAACUAGUGUGUUGUUCAUGAUGAGUAGCUGUCUGCUUAAUGAGCUGAGGCAUAAAAAACAUUUAAUUCAUAGUUUAAAUUAGAGCUGCAAUCAUUGGUAAAUCCACAGAAAAAUGUGACAAAACCUCUGGUUCAAACCAUGUUUUGUUUGGUAUGAAUUAAAUAUCUACAGGUUUUUAACUGGUGGUCUUAAAUGUGCUUGUUUUGUCUGACAAAGUGUGCUCCUAAAUGUUUAGAAGGAAAAAAAAGCUAUUGUACAUGUUUGAGUAUAUAAGAGUUGCAAUCAUCAUUAAAUGUUUCAGUCAUUCAAGCAAUAAUAUGAUAAAAUAUCUGGUUUAAACUGUUUUGUAUUGCUUGUGUAUGACAUAAAUUUAAAUAUCUACAGGUUUUUAAGUUUCCUAAAUUUGCUCUUAAAUUUAAAAAUAAUUUCAAAGAAGAGCUGCAAUUAUCAGUAAAUCCACAAUAAAAUAUUAACUAAUUUAAAAGUGGAUUAAUUGUUUCAAAAGUUAUUCAAGCUAAAAUGUGAUAAAACCUCUGAUUAUGGUUUGUUUUACCUGUGUAUAAAACUGAAUUGAAUAAAAACAGUUUGGAACUGUUUGUCAGGCAAAUUUAAGACAAAGUGCUCUUAAAUGUAAAAAAAAAAUUGUAUAUGUUUGAGUCAGGGCAUAAAAAACAAACAAAGGUUAAAAAUUAGAGCUGCAGUUAUCAAUAAAUCCACGGGAAAAACAAGUAUUUUAAUUUGUUAUUCAAGCAAAAAUGUGAUAAAACCCUUUGGUUCCAGCUGUUAUAGCUUAAAAUUACAGCAAAUUAAAUAUAAACAGGUUUUUAACAUAUUUAAGUCAUCAAAGUGUGCUCUUCAAGGUUGAAUAGGAAAAAAAAUGCUAUUGUAUGUUUGAGUCAGAACAUUAGAAAAACAAUUAGUCAUAUAUAAAAUUGUUGUUUUUUUUGUUUUAAACAUUAUUCAAAAGCCUCUGGUUGCAGCUGUUUGUUGUUUGUUUUGUGAUAACCCUUAAAAAUGACAGCAAAUGAAAUAUCUACAGGUUUCUUAACUAUUUCUCAGACAAAAAAAGCAAAUUUAAGACAAAGUGCGCUUUAAAAAUGCUGUUCAAAUGUUUAGUUAAUUAACUGAAUAAAAUGAUCAGAUCAACAACAGUAUCAAUAGUUGCAGCCCUGAUUUAAAAGUUAAAAACCACUUUUUAAAGCUGCCUUUAAUGUUCGUCCAGUAUGUGAAGAUAAAUGUCUGCAGUCGUGCUUUUAAUUUCAUUUUAAUGUAAAGUUUGGUUCCCAAACAGUAUUUAGUUUGUUUACAACAGAUUUUUUUCACAUCGUUCAGAUGAGGAUGAAAUAUUUAGUUUAGUGGAGCGCUGCAACGUUUGUUUAACAAAUUAAAUAUCAGUGUUACUUUAAUCGUCUCUGUACUAAAACGUGCCGACUGUUGGGAUCAGAGAAAAGUUCUUGAUCCAAGAGAUGAAACUUACAGAUUCAGAGAGUUUCACUGCAGUGUGAACGGUUCGUCCUUAAUCUACAGAAGCUGCUCUGAUCUAAAAACACAAAACCAAAAACCAGCACCGUCACUUUUCUGUACCUGGUCACCAGUCCAAACACUUUCAGGUGAUUUAACUCCGGAUUAAAGGUUUAAAAAAGGUUCGUCACAAAAGCCUGCUUGCAUUUCUUAAAACCUGGAUUCUAAUUUACGAGUUUUAUCCUUCAGUUACUAAAAUCAUUGUACUUACCAAAAUAAAAGCUCAUGCCGAGACACUGACUAGACGAGAGAGAAACAUGAAAAGUCAGAAUAUCAGACAAACAAA